AUGUCGGACGGAGAAGAGACCAUUUCCAACCCCCCCGUCGCCGCCGCCGAUGAGGUCGAAGUUUCCGCCGAUGCGGGCGCUGGCGGCCAGAUGUCCGUCCUGGAUGCUCUGAAGGGUGUCCUGCGCAUCUCGCUGAUCCACGACGGUCUGGCGCGCGGCCUGCGCGAGGCGGCCAAGGCGCUCGACCGCCGCCAGGCGCACAUGUGCGUCCUCAACGAGGGCUGCGAGGAGGAGGCCUACAAGAAGCUUGUUGUUGCCCUUUGCUCCGAGCACAAGAUCCCUCUCAUCAAGGUUCCUGAUGGAAAGAUGCUGGGCGAGUGGGUUGGUCUGUGCCAGCUCGACCGCGAGGGUAACGCCCGCAAGGUUGUCAACUGCUCUUGCGUCGUUGUCAAGGACUGGGGUGAGGAGUCACAGGAGCGCUCCGUCCUCCUCAACUACUUCCAGACUGAGCAGUAA